UGCACACUCUCUAAUCCAAAAAACUUUAUGUAGUGGCAAAUAAUCAGGUAUUGUCCUUUAUAUGAGUAGAAAGUAGGCCCUGGCUUCUCCCCCCAGUUUUUUUUUCGUGGUGGCAGCUUUAUACUAAAUAGAGAAGAGGUUAUUAGCCAACUGUGUGUUGAAUCAGACAAUAAAGUAAAGCAGACUGCUUCCCUUAAUGGUGAAAAUGUUGGGAGGAAACAGAGUCCUCAUUUACCUCUCUAGAUUUGGAUUUAGGCAGGCUACUACCGGAAGUAAAAGCAAGCAGCAGAGAGAGGGAAGCUAAUGGUAGGUUGCAGAGAGAGAGGGAGGAAGAACUUCAUUUAACAAGCACAUUCCGUUCUGCACAGAGCACGCUCAUGGAAGAAGAAUGUCACAAAAGCUGCUGAAAGAAGCCUUUAUCAGUAACUUAAAUGGAACGAGUUUGCUAGAAAUUUCAAUAGCUUUAACUCUAGCUCCGCUUUGUAUAGCUUGCAGAGGUUUGCUGUUAAUUUUGUAUAAUCUGCGCAAUGGAAGACCUUUACAUUCAAGGAAAUAUCAUCUACUACUAGACUUUACAGUGCUAGUAGUUCCUUCUGUGCUCGGCUGUACAAUUUUGUCCCCUGUCCUCCCUCUUUUGCCAAUAACUAUGGGGGCCUUCUGUGCAGGAUUAUUUUAUAAAAUAUACAACAGACGAAAUCAUUAUAUCAGGACUACUCUGAAGCAAAUCAUACAUGAUUUCCUGAAGACUAGCUUAGAACCAGACUACGUUCCAUCAAUAACCGUGUUUCGUGUUUAUGUCAACAUGUUAACUGCAAUCAACAUUCUAGCAGUGGAUUUUCCACAGUACCCCAGACGGUAUGCUAAAACUGAGACCUAUGGAACAGGAGCUAUGGAUUUUGGAGUGGGAGCUUUUAUUUUUGGUAAUGCUCUUGUUUGUCCUGAAGUUAGACAAAAAACAGGUGUGGUGCAAUCCAAAUUCUCCUGUCUAGCAAGACAGUUGUUAUCUGUUUGGCCAUUAGUUUUUCUUGGUUUGGGACGACUGAUCAGUGUUAAAGCUGUAGAGUAUCAUGAACAUUUUUCAGAGUAUGGAGUGCACUAAUUUUUUUUCACUUUAGCAAUUGUGAGAAUGACCGCAUCACUACUUUUAACUCUAUUUCCAACCAACAAAUCAUGGAUUGUUUCUAUGAUUCUUGCUGUAUUUUACCAGUUUAUUCUUGACACUACCCAUCUGAAGAUGUUUGUUUUAUAUGGGAGUGAUGGCAAAGAUACAAGGGCUGGAUUUUUAAAUGCUAACAGAGAAGGAGUGUUCUUUUUUGGUUAUCUGGCUAUCUAUAUGGCUAGUGUGCAAGUGGGGUUAUAUUUGUUAAAGAAGAGAACUUUAGUCAAGGACUGGAUUGAAGUAAUAUGUUGCUUUCUGCUGACAGUUUUCAUACUCUUUAUAUUUCUUCCUAUGUCUCAAGUUUAUGUUGAGCCUGUGUCCCGCAGGAUGGCUAAUCUGCCUUUUUGCAUCUGGAUAGUUGCUCAGUGCCUGAUUUUUAGUCUGUUUUUAGUGACUGAUCUUAUUUUGGUGUUUACAAAACUUCUGGUAAAUGGAUCUCGAGUGCCUUGCUGUUGGAAUUUUACACAACCACCUAAUAAAAAUACAAAGCACAAUUCAGAGCCCACAUCUAUCAAAAGAGAGAGAGAGUGGCUAAGUAUUUGCAUAAUUAAUGCUAUUGGUAAAAAUCAGUGUUUUUUCUUGCUAGCAAAUGUUAUGACUGGCAUAGUGAAUAUGAUGAUAGAUACAAUCCACAGCAGUACCUCAUUUACCUUAUUUGUGCUACACUUGUAUAUGUUUACUAACUUAAUUAUGUAUAUAUUGCAUGCAAAAAAUAUAAUAUUAAAAUGCUGGUGACGAUUGAAA